AUGGACACACAGUCGUAUAUGCCUGUACCUCCUGGGGUUGGAACAGAGGAGAAUUUCUUUUCUCUAGAUGAUAUUUUAUUGUCACAAGAGCGGCUGCCAUGUCGGACUGAAAUGGCUUUUCCUCGACUUGGUUUCCUUGAAAAGUCGAACGAUAGCCAAGAUAUACCAGAGGGCACUAAGAUGGAGAUGCCCCUCUGGCUGGCUAAGGGGCUGUACGAACGGAAGCGCCGUGUUCUGGCAGUGGAGCUGCCCAAGAUGUACCGCGAAGGCUGGAGGACGGUGUUCAGCGCCGAUCCGACUGUGGUGGACCUCCACAAAAUGGGUCCGUACUAUUACGGCUUAGGUUCCCAGCUUCUUCACUUCGACAGUCCGGAGAACACUGAGAUCGCUCAAACAGUCCUCCAGACUUUCAUCGGGCGUUUCCGUCGCACGAUGGACUCAUCCCAGAACGCUUACAACGAGGACACGUCUGCGCUGGUGGAGCGGCUGGACUGCCUGGAGAGGGCGCUCUUCAGGGCGGGGCAGAGUGGGCUAAACGGCUUCCAGAGCUGGGAGAAAGGACGCACCUCCCACCUCACCGCCUCCAACCUGGUCAUCAACUACCGCAAAAGGAAGAUCGCGGAGGUGCAGUCCUAA